GAUAUGGUACGGUAUUGUAUAAAUUGAGAAUAUUACGGAAAUGUGUAAGGUGUAAUGAAAACGGAAGUUUAUUUCAUUUUAUUGAUUUUUCUAAAAUGAAGAUGAUAUAAACAUCCGAUCAAGUUUCAGGGAAAUUUUCCGAAAUGGCGUCAGAUAUUGAAACCAGGUUGCGGAAAUAUCGUCAUGAAUUUGAGAAGUGUUUAAAAGAUCCAUCUAUUGUGUCUCACCUUUUAGCUAACUCUGUCAUUACCGACGUGGAUGCUGCAAGAAUAAAGAAUCUAUACAUAGACAGAGAGACGGUAAAGGCAUCCAAAGAGUUGUUAGAUGCUGUGUUUACUUCCAAAGCUCCUGGUAAAUGGAGAUCAUUUGUUGAUUCCCUUGAAAGUGCAGACUAUCCUUACCUGAAGGAAUUACUUUCAUACCAAAAUAGAUAUGACGCAUUUUCAUCAUCACGUGCUCAGAAAAUCUUGUGUUUGUUUACACCGUAUCUUGAACAAAUGAUACAUGCACAUGAGUUUGUGUCAGAGUUGAAGUCAAGAGGUGUCAUAAAUGCGGCUGAUGAGGAACUUAUCCUAAAAACAUUUGAAACUAAAGGCGACAUAUACUCGACAAUGGUUCUCUUAGAUAGAAUGCAGUGUAGAAAAUCGCCCCAGGAUUGGUAUUAUGAGUUCCUAGACUUAUUGAUGAUGAAGAAAUGCGAGCAUAUAGUGAAAGAAAUGGAACCUGAUUUUAUUGAAAAUCCUUCGUCAUUUAUGCCAAAGCUAGACAGAGGUGAAGGUUUCAAGGAUUCAAAUGACUUAGGAGCACCUCAAUCACUGACAAUGAGGCAGGACUCACCCUUGACAUCCACCGAGUAUCAAAAUGACAGCUUACAGACGAAUUUAAAGGAGAUCAAUAUAAAACCUAACGUGACAAAAUCUCUUCCAUUUGAUAUAUAUAGGCGAGCAAACCGCAAACCUGGAAAGACUGAUGAACAGGACAACCCUGAAAAAGUAGAUGAUGAUGAUGAAGAUUCCAUGGGAUCUGAUUAUGAUAAUACAAGUGUUGAGGCUGAGGCUUUGGCUUCGAACACAGCAGCUCCAUUUCAAUUGCGCGAAUUUCAUUUAGAACUUGCAGAAAAUGCAGUUCUUGGAAGAAAUACAAUCAUUUGUGCGGAAACAGGAUCUGGAAAAACCUGGGUUGCUCUGCAUAUCGUACAGCAGCAUUUACAAAAUGCUAGGAAUG